GGAUUGUGAGGCACAACUACUUUGCUUUUGGGUGUGCGUUGGUGGUGAUCAUCAACUCGAUAUUCAUCGGGGUUGAGGUGCAGAUGAGUCUGGACCAUCCGGAGGGAUUGCCCUUGGCAGUGAAUGUGAUCCAGUAUUCCUUUGCCACGUUCUUCGUUUUAGAGCUGAUCCUGCGAAUUUGUGCGGAUGGGCGCCGGUUCUUCUGCGGCGAGGAUUGGAAGUGGUCAUGGCUGGAUAUAUUUGUAGUGAUGACCUCCUUGUGGGAAGUCUUCGCAGAUGUUUUGGUGGCUUUCCAGAUUGAGGGCAUGAGUGGCUUGAAGGCUCUCCGGAUCAUGCGGAUUACCCGUAUCAUGAAGGUGGUUCGCCUCAUGCGCGUCUUUCGUUUCGUCAUGGCCUUCCGCACCUUGAUCGCCUCCAUCUCAGACACGCUCAAGUCCCUGUUCUGGGCCCUUAUGCUGCUGGCGGUGAUUAUUUACGUCUUCGCGGUGCUGUUUACGCAGGCAGUCAAUGACUAUGUCUUGGACACCGAUACUCCGAAGCUUUCUCCACAGAAGCAAGAAGCGGUGAAUGCUGCCAUCGAACGCUACUUUAGCUCGCUCUUUGAUACCAUGCUGAGCCUCUUCAUGGCCAUUGCCAAUGGCGUCAGUUGGCACGAGCUGGUGGAGCCAUUGAGGAGCAUCCAUGUUGUGUGGGUCGCCCUGUUCCUUUUCUACAUCUUUUUCACUUAUUUUGCUGUCCUCAACGUUGUGACGGCGGUGUUUUGCCAAACAGC